GCCGGCGAAGGGCAACGCGAGCGAGUCGACCCCCGCGGCAGCGGCAAAGGCCCAGGCCCAGGCCCGGGCGAGCAAGAAGGCCAAGGGUGCCGCGUCGGCGAUGGCGUGCAAGGUGGCGCUGCUGGAUGGCGCGCAGUACGAGUGCGAGGUGGAGAAGCACUCUAAGGGGCAGGUGCUCUUCGACAAAGUGUGCGACCACCUCAACCUCCUGGAGAAGGACUACUUCGGCCUGGCCUUCCAGGAUGCCCACGACCACAAGAAUUGGUUGGAUCCUGCCAAGGAUAUUAAAAAGCAAGUGAGAGAUGGGCCGUGGGCGUUUUCCUUCAAUGUGAAGUUCUAUCCGCCGGACCCGUCGCAGCUCACGGAGGACAUCACUAGGUACUACGUGUGCCUGCAGCUGCGUCAGGACGUGUCGUCGGGGCGGCUGCCGUGCUCGUUUGUGACGCUGGCGCUGCUGGGCUCCUACGCGCUGCAGGCCGAGCUGGGCGACCACGAGGCCGAUGAGCACGGCGCCGACUAUGUGGCCUCCUCGGGCUUCCGCUUCGCGCCGGCGCACUCCCACGAGCUGCUCGAGAAGAUCGCCGAGCUGCACAAGACCCACCGGGGACAAACCCCGGCUGAGGCUGAGCGCCACUUCCUGGAGAACGCCAAGAAGCUGUCCAUGUACGGCGUGGACCUGCACCAGGCCAAGGACUCGGAGGGGGUGGACAUCACGCUGGGCGUCUGCUCGAGCGGCCUGCUCGUCUACAAGGACCGUCUGCGCAUCAACCGCUUCCCCUGGCCCAAGAUCCUCAAGAUUUCCUACAAGCGCAGCAACUUCUACAUCAAGAUCCGGCCGGGAGAGCUCGACCAGUUUGAGAGCACCAUCGGCUUCAAGCUGCCCAACCACCGCGCCGCCAAACGCCUCUGGAAGGUGUGCGUGGAGCACCACACCUUCUUCCGGCUGGUGACCCCGGAGCCGGCGCCCAAGGGCCGCUUCCUCACGCUGGGCUCGCGCUUCCGCUACUCGGGGCGCACGCAGGCGCAGACGCGCGCCGCCAGCUCGCAGAUCGACCGCCCCGCGCCACACUUCACUCGCUCCGCCAGCAAGCGCUACACCGUGUCCAGCUCGCUCGACGGAGCGCCGGGCGGGGGCAGCCAGGACGGCUCCUCGUGGGGUCUCGACGACGAGCCUCCGCCCCCCACCGCUGACCCCCGCAACUCCGUGGGGGGCGAGCGCCACGCCGUCAACUCCGUCGCCGCCGUCACCACCGUCACCGCCACAACUGUGACCGGCGGGGCCGCCCUCGCCGCGACGGCGGGCGGGAACGUCGCCGAUCGGGCGGAGAAGACGGACGGCGGUAACGACGGCGGCGGCGACGACGUUGUUGGCGGCGGCGUCGGCCGUGACGACGACAACAAAGAGGAAACCUCCGUCCAGAGCUCGGAGGCGCAGGGGGAGGAGGUGAAGAGAAGGCCUAAGAAAGCAGACGGAGAAAACAUUUAUAUCAGGCAUAGCAGGCUAAUGUUAGAGGAGCUGGAGCGCCGGCCGGACGAGCUGCUGCUCAAGCGGCAGGCGAGCCUCAGCGAGCUCAAGCGCUCCUUCCUGGAGUCGCGGCCCGACGGCGCGGCCGGCGCCAUGACGGCGCCGCCGGCCGGCGGCUGGGACAUCCGCCUGCAGGAGCCGUCGCCCGUGCACCGGCACGGCCAGCCCGGCACGGAGGAUGAUGAGGAGGAGGAGGAGGAUUAUUGGGCACAGCUGCCCGAGGAGCCCGCGCCCUCGAGCGCGCCCAGCGGCCAGCCACACGAGGUGGCCACGGCGGCGCCGGGCGACGCGGCGUGGGCGGAGCGGCCCCUGGGCCCGCACCCGCGGGACCCCCCCGCCCAGUUUGCGGACGAGCUGCUCGUAGAGAUCUCGCAGAGGAUAGAGAAGAAGGAGGAGGAAGGCUCCAGGGCGGAGGCAGUGCAGCCUCAGCGGCAGCCACAGCACCAGCCACAGCCGCAGCAGCAGCAGCCGCAGCAGCAGCAGCUUCAGCCGCAGCAGCAGCAGCCGCUGCAGCAGCAGCCGCAGCAGCAGCAGCAGCAGCAGCGAAUGAGCAGCAGCAGUUCGGUGUCGAUGUCGCGGGUCGUCUACAAGACGGUGGUGAUCACCGGCGAGCCCGACCUGCUCAAGGGCUCCUCCGACGAGAAGGACGACUCAUCCUCCUCGGGCGGCGGUGGCGACGGCAACGCUCGCACCGGGCCCUGCGUCCAGACGGCUCCCUCGUCGGGCGGCAGGAGGAGCGGGGAGGAGGAGGAGGAGAGAGCAAAGACGGAGAAGAGAGCGGCGGCGGAGGAGGAGGUCGUCGGACGCGUGGCCGCCCCGCCCCGAGCGGUUCCCCACCACGGGGCCGAGGCGACGGGCGCAGGCGAGGCCCAGGCUUCGGGCGGGGCACCUGGGGAGGAGGCCGAGGGGGCCGCGGGGGACGUCGACUUCCUGGAGAGGGAGAUGAUGAAGGUGGCCGUGGCGCUGAGGAAGGGGGCGGCCGGUGGGCACGGCGACGAGGGGAAGCCCAAAGCCAACGGGGCCGACGCGUCCGAGUCGGAGACCAGCGAGUCGGAGGAGGAGCGCGGAUUUGAGCCACCUCUGAUCGCCACGGAGAGCGUGAGCUUCAGCGAGGUGUCGCACACGGGGAGGGCGGACUUCUCCACCACGGACGUUCCCAUCGUGCACACGCACACCAAGACCAUCACCUACGCGGCCACGCAGGAGGGGCGCGGAGGCGAGGCGUCCGAGUCGAGUGUCUUGCCGGAAAUGGCCGGCUUCUCGGCAGAGUCCGUUGCCACCACGACCACCACGCACAUCACCAAGACGGUGAAGGGAGGCAUCUCGGAGACGCGCAUCGAGAAGCGCAUCGUCAUCAUGGCCGACACCGACAUCGACCAUGACCAGGCCCUGGCCCAGGCAAUCCGCGAGGCCAAGGAGCAGCACCCCGACAUGGCGGUCACCAAGGUGGUCGUGCAUAAGGAGACGGACGUCUCGAUCGAGGACGACGACGACGACGACGAGGAGCAGCAGCAGCGCCCCUGAGGGCCGCUGCCCCACACCCCCCUCCCUGCCCAGCGGCUGGCAGGAGGGGUGGAGCCACGGGGCCGUGGGGAGGUCACCCCGCGAGCGUCGCGCCACAGGAACCACUCCCGUGCCGCAGCGGCGGCCCCCGCCACACGCCAGGGGGACGUCACCCACCCUCGGCGCCGCUGUUGCCCGCGGUUGCUGGUGCCCAUUCCGCCGCCCCUGACUCGCACCACGCUUCACGAUUUGUGUUUGUUUGUUUCUCUCUCGCUCUUGAUCUCAGAUUAUUAUUAUUUUUUUACGUUGUCUGUUAACGUUUUGCUUUUUAUUCCGUUCGCUCGUGCGCGUUUUUAAUCGUGCGCGCGGGAAAGGAAAAAUAAAACCUCGCAAAGGGGCCUCCUGCCAAAAUCCCCACAGCCUGGGAGGCUGCCGCAAGUUUCUAACUGCCUUGGGGGGCUGCCGCGAGUUUCUAAUGGACUUGGGUGGCUGCCGCGAGUUUCUAACGGCCUCGCGCUCCUUCGGUCUGGAGCCACCGGCUCUCCACCGUACAUCUCGGAUGAUAACGUCUUUAACCGGCCACGAUGAACGUUUUUUGUAUUUUUCUUAUUUUAAAUCUUCGCUAAAAGACCAACACCGCUCGCUGUCUCUCAGCCUGAUGAGAGGUUGCUGCUGCUGCUGCAUUCUUCAGCGUUGGAAGUGGCGGUGGUUGCUCUCCUGCUUCCCCGUGGCGAACCAGCCUUCACUUCCAGGGGUAACUGCUGGCCUGUGCUUAACAACAGCAAGAACUAAACUUGUUUUAGUUUUACCAGGUAAGGCCCACUGAGCUGUGCAGCUCUUGUCAGAAGCUGCCUUGGCCACAAAUGAGAGCUCGACGAAGCGGCUCAGCGUCGCAUGGACAUGUAUGUCGGCCAAACACCCUGUGAAUGCACGUCGAUUCUAAAUGUGGCGGGGGGAAAGCUGGAGUUGCUGGCGAAAAAUCGACACGACCGCGGGGAGAGAGAGAGAGAGAGACACCGCAAACUUCAAAUAUGCGUCAGGGGUCGGGAUCGAACCCAUGUGGACGUCGCACAAGCCCGGCUUGCCGUGGCCACGGGAGCCGACGGAACUGGUCGUUUUAUUUUGUACCUUCCUGAAGCUUCCUUGUCUCUCUCUUCCUCUCUCUCUCUUCACAAAAACCCGCCCCAACGGCGCGACCCCACGCUCGGGGGACGCAGUUCCGUUCCGCCCCCCUCGCCCCCCCCCUCGCCCUCCCCCGUCGAAGUGAGAUGGAGGCCAAGCGAAUGGGGGCUCCCACUGGAGGGGGGGUGGGCUGCUCGUGAAUUGAAACAGAAUUCGGAAUCUUUGUUUAUCCUGGAUGGAAAUCCGAUGAGCUUUGAAGCUCUUUCCCCCCUCGCCCCCCCCCCCCCCCCCCCACAGAUAUCCAGGUCGGGUUGCACGGGGUCAGAAUGUUACGGCAGCACUCGGUAGACAAAACACAACCAUGGGAAGUAUAGAGAAGGGGAAGAAAAUCGCAACGAAAAAUGUUUUUACUCUUUUUAUUUUACCAGGUAUGGCGCCACUGAGCUCUUCAGUGACUCCUCAACUUACGAACAUUCGACUUGCGAACUUUCAGAUAUGCGAACAAACCUGUCCGCAUGUCCAGUUGCCUGUUUGGACCAAGAGUCGUAAGUUCAACCGCUGCGCAAUAGACGGCGGUAGUGGCAUCUACGUCUGCAGGAGAUUAUACAACUUGUAAAGUCAUUCCCCGUGUUAGGUGUACACGCCGUACAACAAUGUUUGGAAUCGACAGGAGUAGAGUUUGGACUUACGAACAAAUCGAUUUACGAACAGACCUCUCGAAACCUAACUCGUUCGUAAGUCGCAGAGACCCUGUAUGUAUCUAUUUUUUUCAGAGGUGGCCUGGUCACAAAUGAUAGUUUAACCAAGCGGCUUAUCAUCACGCGGGAAAAUGUACGGUGGCCAAAGACCCUGGACGCGUGGCGUUGAUUCUGAACGACGGAGGGGGGGGGGGGGGGGACGGGUGCGGCGUCGCUGGCUCCUGCCGUGGCUUGCCGACGAGGCCGAUCGGAGCUCGCGUUGUGACCGUGUCGCACUGUUUUUGGCCAAUACCAAUUCUACUCUGUGUGGGUUUAGCUAUGGGAGGAAACCCGUGCAGAAUAGGGGGGAGAGGCUACACACAGCAAGGCACCCGUGUCGGGAAUCGAACCCAGGUCCCUCUUGCCAUGAGGCACGAGUGUUACCAGCGCCGCCACCACGGUGGUGUCCACACACCCGCGUGGAGCUGCAGGCCCGUGAUGAUGACGACGUUGGAGAGGCUUCAUUAGAGGCUGCCGUUGCGUAAGAGAUGGGAAUUAGUUGGCAGUUCCCUAUGGGGCGAUGUAACCUAAACCCUCGUGUUCCAGUCACGUGGGUUCAUAGUAGUGGCCGCGCGACGUUCGGCGCGCUGAGGUCCGACGUUUCGCUCCGCGUGCCCGGGGAGGUCCUUCGGGAUAUGAAUGUCCGCGUUCGGUCGAAACGUCGGGGGACGUCGCGCCGAGCGAGACGCGGCACGACCCGGAGGGCGACGCGGCGGCACGGCCGCGAAGCCCAACGGCCUGGACUCGAACCACGUUCACCAACUUGCAGGCUACCGCUGUGUGUACCACGGCGUGUACCGCUGUGUGUGCCGCUGUGUGUGUACCGCUGUGUGUGUACCGCUGUGUGUGUACCGCUGUGUGUGUACCACGGCGUGUGUACCGCAGUGUGUGUACCUCUGUGUGUGUACCGCUGUGUGUGUACCACGGCGUGUGUACCGCAGUGUGUGUACCUCUGUGUGUGUACCGCUGUGUGUGUACCACGGCGUGUGUACCGUAGUGUGUGUACCUCUGUGUGUACCGCUGUGUGUACUGCGGCGUGUACCGCUGUGUGUGUACCUCUGUGUGUACCUCUGUGUGUACCGCUGUGUGUAGAGCGGCGUGUGCACCACGGCGUGUACCGCAGUGUGUGUACCACGGCGUGUGUACCGCUGUGUGUGUACCGCUGUGUGUACCGCUGUGUGUGUACCGCUGUGUGUGUACCGCAGUGUGUGUACCGCAGUGUGUGUACCGCGGCGUGUACCGCAGUGUGUGGAGCGGCAUGUGCACCACGGCGUGUACCGCUGUGUGUGUAACUCUGUGUGUACCGCUGUGUGUGUACCGUGCCGAGUGCACUACGGCGUGUACCGUGCCGUGCUGCGUGCCCCCGCUCGCCACUGUGUGACUGCGGUGCCAGGGUGAGGUAGGCUGGGAUGGCGAGCGCUGAGGACCGCGUCGAUCUCUCGGCGCGCCCGCCCGGGUCACUCUGAGCCACUGCACGCAGGCUGAGUGAGAAGAGCGCCCCUCCACCCCUCCACCCCUCUACCCCUCCUCACCCAGUCUGAGACUAAGUGUAAAUGCAUGUCGAGAUGAGUUGUAUGCGGGAGGCAGUCAGGAAUCCCAACCACAGAGGAGUCCCACAUCAGCCCUGGCCAUUGUCGUUUGUGUGCAUGUCACGACCUCCACCCGCCCCCCAAUUGUAUCGCAGUCGCCGCGCUAACGGCGUCAAGUGUCCACGGACCCAUUGGGAGCUCUCCGGCAGGCGAGCGGCGCAGCCCCCCUCCGCUUUAAGGGGAAGCGGCCCACGGAAUGGGGUGUCACAGAGCUACUUCCCACGACGUGACGUCUGGAACUCGCGGCAGGGGGCAGCCCCAUCCCGAUUGUUGUCACGUGAUGGUCAAAUCCGAUUUCAUUUUCUUCUCUCUUCCGCGCAUUUAUUUCAUGCCGCACAAUUCUCCCGGCUUGCGCGCUGGGUCAGAACGCGACGAUGUGGGACAGAGGGCGUGCCGCGUUCCACUCUCAGCCCGAGUCACCCCCCCCCCCGGCCUUUCGCUUCACGAUCAUCGCAACGCCACCGUGCCGAGAGCAGUUUGCGUUCUGCGGUUUGUUUCUUAUUUUUGCCAUUUUAACCCAUCUUGACUCAAUGAUAUUGACCAAUGGUAUCGAGUUAUUUGCGUGUUAUUUGACUCGGUAAAGGGGGCUGGGGGGGGGGGGUAAUCCGCAUGUGAACAACAGUGACACUUCGCUUAAUUUUUUUUAUGAUUGUGUUUUGUAACUCGUCCAGUUGCGGACCGAUUUUUAGAAUAACCGACGGUUUUUAAAAGUACAGGCGAGCGCUCCACACGUGUAACACAGACACGUGUAACACACACACACACACGUGUAACACACACACACACACGUGUAACACACACACACACGUGUAACACACACACGUGUAACACACACACGUGCGCCGGCCCCAUCCGCGGGCCUUCAACAUCACGGCGGAGAUGCGAACCGCGUCACACGCUCGCGUCUUCAUUGCUUUUGUACACCUCGGCUCACCCACGUGGCUCGGUGUGGGGUGGCUUUGUGAGCGAUCUCGUUCGCUCCUCCUCCCUCCCCCUCCUCCCCCCUCCCUCCCCCUCCUCCCCCCUCCCUCCCCCUCCUCCCCCCUCCCUCCCCCUCUCCUCCCUCCCUCCCCCUCCUCCACUCCUCCCACUCCUCCUGCAUCCGAGCUCUUAUCUUUAGCUUCCCUGCCAGGUGAAUUAUGAAGGAUGCGCCACGUCAGUGUUAAUUUCUCGGGUGGUGAAGGGGAGGGUGGGGUGGGUCUAGGAGCGUCUGCCAACAUUUCCAAAUAUUUGGUGAUGGUGGUGAUGAUGGGGGUUGUGAUGUCACCCACUCUGGGUGGGUGUGGGGAGGGGAUAACCACCCCGAGUCCCAGCUAUUACUGCCCUAGUCAGAGCCCCCGUCCCCUCCCUGUACUGUGAAAUAAAUGUGGCGAUUCGGAACCGUG